CGCGCUGUAGUGGCCGUUGCCGGCGGCCGGCGGCGCAGAGCGGAGCGGAGCCCGCUCGGGACGCGCUCCCCUGGCGGCGGCGCGGACGGGGGCGGCCGGUGCUGCCACAGCGGCGGCCCCAUGUUUUCCCCCGGCCAGGAAGAGCUGUGCGCGCUGAACAAGGAACCCAUCAAGUACGGGGAGCUGGUGGUGCUGGGGUACAAUGGAUCCCUUCCAAAUGGUGACAAGGGGCGCAGGAAAAGCAGAUUUGCCCUUUAUAAACGAUCUAAAGCAAGUGGAGUUAAACCCAGCACUGUCCACGUCAUCUCUACUCCUCAGACAUCAAAGUGGAAGAUGGAUUUUAAGAGUGAAGACCCCAACCUUCUGCGUGGGGAAUUUGUCCCUGAGAUUGAAGACAAGGCAAUCAGCUCAAAAGGCCACCACAGUGUCUCUUACACAUUAUCCAGAACCCAGACAGUUGUAGUGGAAUAUAUUCAUGACAGAGAAACAGACAUGUUUCAGGUUGGGAGAUCUACAGAAAGUCCCAUAGACUUUGUAGUAACAGACACUAUUUCAGGAAAUCAAAAUACUGAUGAAACCCAGAUUACCCAGAGCACCAUCUCCCGAUUUGCCUGCAGGAUUGUUUGUGACAGGAUCCCACCAUACACAGCAAGGAUCUUUGCAGCUGGCUUUGACUCGUCUAAAAAUAUAUUUCUUGGUGAAAAAGCAGCAAAAUGGAAAAACCCUGAUGGGCACAUGGAUGGAUUGACAACCAACGGGGUGCUGGUGAUGCACCCCAAGGGAGGCUUCACGGAGGAGUCCAAGCCCGGGGUGUGGAGGGAGAUCUCGGUCUGUGGGAAUGUCUACACGCUCCGGGAGACCAGGUCUGCUCAGCACAGGGGCAAACUGGUAGAAAACGAGACCAACAUCCUUCAGGACGGCUCCCUGAUCGACCUGUGCGGGGCCACGCUGCUGUGGAGGACGGCGGACGGGCUGCUGCACACCCCGACGCAGAAACACAUCGAGGCGCUGCGGCAGGAGAUCAACGCCGCCCGGCCCCAGUGCCCCGUGGGCUUCAACACCUUGGCCUUCCCCUCCAUGGAGCGCAAGGACGUGGUGAAGAAGAAGGACGUGGAGGACAAGCAGCCGUGGGUCUACCUCAGCUGCGGCCACGUGCACGGCUACCACAACUGGGGCCACCGCAGCGACACGGAGAGCGACGAGCGCGAGUGCCCCAUGUGCAGAACGGUCGGCCCCUACGUGCCGCUGUGGCUGGGCUGCGAGGCCGGAUUUUACGUGGAUGCUGGGCCACCCACCCAUGCUUUCACCCCCUGUGGACACGUGUGCUCCGAGAAAACUGCCAAAUAUUGGUCCCAGAUCCCGCUGCCCCACGGGACUCACGCCUUCCACGCCGCCUGCCCCUUCUGCGCCACGCAGCUCUCCGGGGAGAACAACUGCGUCAAGCUCAUCUUUCAGGGCCCCAUCGACUGAGGGAUCUGCACGGCCACGACCACAAUAAAAGUUUUUUCUUGAACGGUUUACUGUGAAGAUUUUUGCCACUAAUUCGAGAUUUUAGCUUUUUUUAUAAUGUUGUUCGUAGGGGUGGGUAGGGUGGGGAUGGGGGAAGCGAUGAGAGGAUGGAGGGACGGUGGUGGAAUUGGGAUACAUUGAUACCUGGAACUUGACAGAUAUCAGUGGUGUUGCAUGCUCGAAAGCAGCAUAUUCAUGGAGUCUUCUUGGUCAAAUUGUAGUAUAUUUGUAAUCUUUUUAUUAGUACCCUGGAUCAGAAAAAAGGUGUCUUAAAUGAUUUUUUUAAGCUAAGAUUUUUUAAUGGAAAGGUUUUUUCUUCUGAACUUUGACAAGCCUUUAAAACCUAUUUUUCAAAUCUAGAAGGAACAUACAGAAUGUAACUGUCUUUAAUUUGCAAUAUAAUUUAACUUGAAUAGUUUCUCAAGGAGCAAAUACAGAAUGUGUGGACAACCCAUAGGUGAAUGUUCACUAGAGAUAAUUGGAUAUGUAAGAUAAAAAUUAGCUGCCUAAAGUGUAGAGGAUAAAAGUUAUUAAAAUAUCUAUUAUGGUAUAACACAGCUGGCCAAAAAGGCAUCAAAGAUUACUUGAAACUGAGGAAAUCCUGUUUGCAUUGAUUUCCUUUCAGUGCAGUAGAUAUCCACUGGCUGUUAGAUAUGGGAGAUGGCUGAUUAUUUUCUGUUGGUGUUUUGGGUUUUUUUUUCCAUUUAACCUGCAUCUGGUGAAACCACUUUUUUCCAUACUUAGCUCUGGGGUUUAAGCUGAUGUUUUGUGUGUGUGUAGCCUGGCCUUUUUAUUUCUGCUUUGCUUGCCCUCAGUGCUCCUUACCCAGGGCCUUUGGGUGAGUGGAGCUCACAGAUUCCCAAAAUGGUUUGGGUUGGAAGGGACCUUAAAUCUCAUCAGUUCCACUCCCUGCUGUGGCAGGGACACCUCCCACUGUCCCAGGCUGCUCCAGCCUGGCCUGGGACACUUCCAGGGAUCCAGGGGCAGCCACAGCUGCUCUGGGCACCCUGAUGGAGCCAGAGGCAUGUCCAGGCUUUCCUGCUGUGAUGAAGGGCUGGUUUAGGUACAGCUGGUACAGAAUUUAUUUACAUAAACCUGAAUUCAGGAAAGCACUUAGUCUGUCUUUAAAUCCAAGCCCACGCCUGGGACUGUUUAGAUUCUCAAGUGCUUCAGUGCAUUGCAGUUAUUUGCUGUUAUGUUUAGGAAAAAAAAAGGCAUUUUAAAAUAAGUUAUUUUUUAAGCUCACUUUAAAGCAUUUUCACUAGAAGGGAGAGCAUAAUUUCCAGUUCAGCUGAGCAUUUUUGUUCACUUUUCAACUUGCUGCCAUCUGUCACCUUUCUUUUUGCAGAUUGAGUUGUGUUUGUAUCUCUUUUUUCCCCCCAAAUGUUUGCAAAUCAAACAACAUUCAAAUGUAAUCAAAUAUAUGCACCAGGGUGGUACAUUUGAAGUGGAUCACUUGAAAUUCGUGACUUUUUAAGAGAGCUGAUAAAUGUUUACUAUGGAAAUAAUUAAAUCAGAAUUUCAUAUGAGGUGUACCCUGCCCACUGUUAGGCUCAUUUUGUGCAGCAUGAUAACUCUUUGAUUUGUGGGUUUUUUUUUUUUAUUUCUUCUUUAUGCUUUCUGUACUCUUGGUAUCUGAGGUAUCAAUCUAUCCAGGUUUAAAAAAAAAAAAAUUGGGAGAAAUCUAUAACAUCUCUAGAUGAAAUUGAUCAUUCAAGCUCAGUUCUGUUUAAUCAACUAUAGCUUUUCGCUAUAUUUGUGCCCUUUGUAUAAAUAUAUAAUUUAUAUGAUUUUAAUAUAUUCUGUAUAUAUAUAUACUUGAAUUGGCCUGUUCAUAUUUUGGUUGUAAAAUUGUUUUAUAGUUAACCUUAUAAACAUUUUACAUGUCCCUUGCCAAUGGUGAUGGGAUGGACUUUGUCUGCUGCUGUUUUUAGCAUAAUUUUGCUGUAUACAUGUUCAGCAUUUUAAUAAUUUGAAAAUAGCUUUACUUUGCUGUUUAAAAAAAAUAAUCUGCAGCAUUUUUUUUUUUCUAAAAGCCCCAGACUGUACAGUUUUUGUCCCACUCAGUGAUUGGAAACAGGAUUAACCUUUAUGCUUCUUCCUAGUGCCUUUUCAAGGAGAUCCUCUUGUGAUUCCGUAUUCCAAGUCCUCACUCCCAGCCUCGUGGCUCAUCUCCACGGAGAGCAGCAGCCCCAGCCAGGUGGGGAAGAAACCAGACAUGGAGGUGCCUCUUCCUCAGCCCUGCAGCUUCCUCAGGUCCCACAGUCAUUCCUGGUUAGCAGAUACCUCAUUUUUGGGAGAGGCAGCCUCCCUCCUCCCUCCCUGCUGGACUCACUCCUGCAGCUCCCCCCGUGUGCUGGGCAGGGUCGUCUCCUCUGAGCCCCCAGGGAUUGGAAACAGCCAGGCAGCACCUCCCUCCCCCAGCUGCUUUAGUCCUUCCCUUCACUUGCAGUUGAAUUGCUGCUUCAGGGCUUCACAUCCCUUCUGUUCCCUGUGGAAAGUGAAUGUACAGUGUUGGAAGGAUCCUCACUGGAAGCACAGCACGCCAUCAGCCUUGGUGUGUUUGGCUUGUGUGAAGCAGAACACUGGAUGAUGGUUUGUAUCCAAGGGAAGUGUCUGUUUGAAACUGUUUAAACAAGAUUUUUGUUUUUUUCCUUUUGCUGUUGGCAGUUCUGUGUAACACAAGGAAUACUGCAGGAAGGAAAACUCUCAGAAUCCCAGAAUGGGCAAGGCUGGAAGUGACCAUAGGGGCUCAUCUGCUCCCACCUCCCUUCUCAAGAAGGGCCAUCCUGGAGCCCAGGGCACAGGAUUGUGUCCAGAUGGCUCUGGAAUCUCUCCUGAUCCACACCCUCUCUGAUCUCUGUUCAGGGUUUGCUCACUGCACAGGGAAGUUCUUCCUCACGUUCAGGUGGAACCCGUGGGCAUCAGUUCCUGCUCGUUCCUCUUGUCCCACAGAGCAGAGCCUGCUCCAUCCUCUUGGCACCCCUUGAGAUAUUUAUACACAUUGAUGGGGUCCCCUCUGUUGUCUCUUCUCAGGGCUGAACAUUCCCAGCUCCUUCAGCCUUUCCUCCUGGCAGAGGCUCCACUCCCUCCAUCCUCGUGGGAGGAUUUGCCCUCUGCUGUUCCUGCUCCAGCAUCUCCGUGUCCCUCCCGUCCUGAGGAGCCCAGAACUGGGCACAGCGCUCUGGGUGUGCCUCAGCAGGGCUGAGCAGAGGGGCAGCAUUCUUUUCUGGGAAGCAAUUUCCCAAGGUUUGUGUGGAAUUCAGGGACUUUGCUGUUCAAAUCCAGGCUCAGGCCUGCAGAGUUGGAUGUGGCAGAAGAGUUUGUAAAUGUGAUUUUCCUCAAACCCUGCUGUGGUGAAAUGAUGGAGCAUUCAGCUCUUGGCCCUCACCUUCCCCCAGCUCCAUAAACUCCUCCUCUGCUCUGGUACCUCGAUAGGAAAAAGGACUUUGUGGAUAAAUAAAACUAGAGUCAGCAAACUUGAGAACCACACUCAGGUUUAUUAAUUAUUUCAGUGUUUCUUUGCAUCCCAUUGGCAAUGUGUUCCAUAAGGAUUUUUUUAUCACCUGUUACUGUUGAUUCUAUCUGGAUCCUCAAAAGCAGCUUUGACUGCAUAACGUAGAACUAAAAGUAUUUUUCUAGUCUGAUUUUUUUUAAAAGGUGAGAUCUGUCAAAUCCAUGCACGUUGGAGCUGGAACAUUUCCCUUUUUCCUGGCAGCUUUUUGGGAGAGUGCUGAAGUCUAAAUAAAAUGAGUGAUGAACACUGUUCUUACUGGGAAUUGUUGUCCAGUUGUACAGGACAGUGCACACAGGACUGUGUUUUAUUCAUUAUUUUUUUUCAAAUGUGGUCAUUUUGUGCAUCAGGCUACAGUCACAGCACUGUACAGGCUGAGUGAUUAAAGAAGAUUUAUUUUUUUUCCAUUGUGAGGGUGGGAAUGGGGAUCAGAAGAGAAGAAAGCCAUGGCUGAACUGGUUCCAGUAGGGACAGAUCCACUUUGAAGCAAAGGAACUGCUUGGAAAUGUGACUGGAGCUGUUCCUGCUUUCAGACCUCAUCCAUGCCCUGCAAAGGAUUCUCCUGAGUUUGUUGGGAAGUUCUGGGAUGCUCUGGAAAGCCCCAUGACCUUCCCAGUGAGACACUCCUUGGUGUCCUAGUGGCAAUUCCUGGAAUUUGAGGGUUUGGCUUCAGAGCCUGAGCGAGGAGCCAGAGGUGCUGAGUGUGUCAUAGUGAGAAACUGCAAUGGAACUGUGAACAGAACUUAAUUAUGUUUUAGUGCUUAAUUAUAUUUUAGGGCUGUGGUCAUUCUCCCUUUAGUGCUCCUGCCAUAGCUGGUGAUUUCCUCACCAUUUCUUCAUUCUUCUGGAAGUGGAAAGAAACUUCUCUGAGAACUUCAUGUUUCUGUUCCUCCAUCCCACAGUCUUGACACUUUCCUGUGGUUGGAGAACCAUUGCUAGGGAUGUGGCUGUGGGGAACAGUGACAGGCAUUUCAAUCCAUUUUUAGCCUGGUAGGAAAACUGACCUGACUCUUCCUCCUCAUUUCCUCAGUUUUUUACCCUCCUGUGAAUCCUGGGCUCCUCCUUUUUUAUUUAUCCCCACAGUUACAGGUACAGGAAUAAAUCCAGCUUGGAAGGAAAACAGGGGAAACACAGCCCAGGGUUGCAGCGCCUUUUUGACAGAUUUUUCUCAUUAUUCUGGGUUUUGUAAGCACUGGUCACAAGCCUGCACACUCGGUGUUGUGAGGUAAAAGGACAAAGGCAGAAGGUAAGGCUGGUUUUGGGGGUGGGGGGUGGAGAGGGGGUAGUGUCUAGGAUGGAGUCACAGUGGCUCUGCAAACUGGAUUUUGGAAGAGCAGUGGAGUGACCCUGGGCAGGCAGUAAAGACAGAUCUGCACUGUCUGUGCUGCUCAGUUUUCAUUUAUUGGCAGCAGAGCAAAGAUAGGAGCUGCUUGGAUACCCAAACACCAGAAAAAAAAAACCCCAAUGUCUGUCCAGAUGCUCUCAUUGGGGCCAUAUUUAUGUUUUCCUGUUCCUCCAAGUCACCUGAAGUCCCUCCUGCUGCUGUGCUGGGGGUUGGGGAUGGGAAUGGCUCUGCCCUUGCAUUAAAUCCACGGUGGAGAGCCCCUGAAGGCAGCACAGCUGUAGGAAAAGCCUCUCCCACAGCGAGCCCUGUGUGAUGGAGAGGUGAUGUUUACCUUAAAAACAGUGUGAGCAGCUGUUCAACUUCUGGGUAUAUUUGUAAAAUUGGUCUUUUUAUACGCCGUGUGAAAUGGACUGGAAUAAUUUCUUUUGCUGUUGUACCUGUGGAAGUACAAGCCAUUUUACAGGAAAAAAAAAUUAUAAAACAAAUUAAAAUAUUAUCUCAGUA